AUGCACGCGAAAGCUGGCCCGCCGCCUCCCUCGGCCCCUCAGCAGUUUGGUCACGGUGCUCCGAGCGGCUACACUUUCCAGUACUCCAACUGCACAGGAAAGCGAAAGGCAUUGUUGAUUGGAAUCAACUAUUUCGGCACAAAGGCCGAGCUCAAGGGAUGCAUCAACGAUGUCCACAACGUGUCGGCGUUCUUGGUCGAGCGAUAUGGCUAUAAGCGUGAGGAUAUGGUCAUUCUGACAGACGACCAAACCAACCCUGUCAUGCGGCCCACCAAGGCCAACAUCAUUCGUGCCAUGGGCUGGCUGGUCAAUGGCGCACAGCCCAAUGAUGCCCUGUUCCUUCACUAUUCCGGUCACGGCGGUCAAACCGAAGACAAGGAUGGCGAUGAGGACGACGGCUACGACGAAGUUAUAUACCCCGUUGAUUUUGAGCAGGCUGGACAUAUCGUAGAUGAUGAGAUCCACUUCCGUGUUGUCCAGCCCCUGCAGCAGGGAGUGCGCCUCACUGCCAUUUUCGAUUCAUGUCACUCGGCAACCGUCAUGGACUUGCCCUAUGUCUACUCCACCAAGGGUGUUCUCAAGGAGCCCAACUUGGCCAAGGAAGCUGGUCAGGGUCUCUUGGGCGUAAUCUCCUCCUAUGCUCAGGGCAACAUGGCCGGUGUUGCUAGCAGCAUCAUGGGCUUCGCCAAGCAGGCAUUCAACGGCGACGAGGCCUACAAGAAGACUGUGGCUACGCGCACAUCAUCAGCAGACGUCAUUAUGUGGUCUGGCAGCAAAGAUGACCAAACCUCUGCCGAUGCCACCAUUGGAACUCAGGCCACCGGUGCCAUGUCGUGGGCUUUCAUUUCCGCCCUCAAGAAGAAUCCCAAGCAGAGCUAUGUCGAGCUGCUCAACAGUAUUCGAGAAGUCCUCGAGACCAAGUAUACUCAGAAGCCACAGCUGUCUUGCAGUCACCCUCUAGGUAUGUUCUUAAUGCGAGUUUGA